AUGGAAUUCUCCGACGAGAAGUCAUCGGAUGCCAAAGCUUGGAGCCUAUUCAAGCUUCCAUUCCGGAACCAGCACUCGACUACGACGUCUUCUUCUUCUGGUUUUGUUCAUUACAAUCAGCAGCAACAGAGUUACAAUAAUCAUAAUAAUAUUAACGAUAAUUCACAGGUGGAAGGACUAAAGGCUCAUGGUUCCAGCUCGGUUUCUUCUGUUGCCAGAUCUCUGCUCCCCACGCGACGUCGUCUUAAGCUCGAUCCCGCUAGCAAGCUCUAUCUUCCUUAUGAACCUGGUAAGCAAGUCCAAAGUGCUAUUAAGAUUAAAAAUGCAAGCAAGUCUCAUGUAGCUUUCAAGUUCCAAACAACAGCACCAAAAAGCUGUUUUAUGAGACCUCCUGGGGCAGUUCUCGCUCCUGGCGAGAGUAUUAUAGCAACUGUAUUCAAGUUUGUAGAGCCUCCAGAGAACAAUGAAAAGCCAACAUAUCAGAAGAGCAAGGUGAAGUUUAAAAUCAUGAGCCUAAAGGUGAAUGGACCGAUGGACUACAUAGCAGAACUGUUUGAUGAGCAGAAGGAUCAAGUGGCCGUGGAACAGAUACUUCGGGCAGUAUUUCUAGAUGUGGAACGUCCUAGCCCUGCUCUAGAAAAACUGAAGCAGCAGUUGGCUGAGGCUGAGGCUGAAUUGGAGGCUCGCAAGAAACCUCUAGAAGAUGCAGGUCCAACAUUUAUUGGUGAAGGACUUGUCAUCGAUGAAUGGAAAGAAAGAAGAGAAAGAUAUCUAGCACGUCAACAAGUAGAAGGGGCAGACUCUGUAUGA